UUUACUCAAGGUCUUGAAGGCCUUGUUGCCGGAUUUGCUCCUCCCGCACGGCAGCUGUGGCUGACUGUAUUCAGCCUUCCUCAACCAGGCCUCCUCCCUUUCUCUUUCUUGUGGUUGUUGAGGCAGAGAAGAUAUGAGCAACCCAAGUCCCCUAGUUGUUCUAGUCCUCUGGCUUCUCUGCUGUCUUAAUAGCCAGGGCAUGACAGAAAGUAGCAAUGUGCACAUUGUUUACCUCGGAGAGACGCAGCAUGACAACCCCGAGCUGGUCGUUGAUUUGCAUCAUGAAUUGCUUGCCUCUGUAGUCGGAAGCAAGGAAUUGGCCUCAGAAUUAAUGGUAUACAGUUACAAACAUGGUUUCUCUGGGUUUGCAGCCAAGCUCAGAGAGUCUCAAGUCCAACAACUUUCAGAGUUGCCUGGUGUUGUACGAAUCAUACCGAAUAGCCUCCAUAAGCUGGAAACAACUAGGAGUUGGAAUUUUCUUGGCCUCUCUCCUCAUUCCCCUUCCAAUAUUCUCCCCAAGAGCAAGAUGGGGGAUGGAGUUAUCAUAGGUGUUCUUGACACAGGUAUUUGGCCAGAGUCUGAGUCAUUUAAUGAAAAAGGCCUUGGGCCAGUUCCAUUCCAUUGGAAGGGCGCGUGUGAAUCUGGGGAAAAUUUCAAUACAACAAUACAUUGCAACAAAAAGAUAAUUGGAGCCCGUUGGUUCAUCAAGGGACUUCUUGCAGAGUAUGGAGAGCCAUUGGACACAUCCACUGACUUCUUGUCUCCUAGAGAUGCAAAUGGACAUGGUACUGCUAUUUCAAGCAUUGCAGCUGGUUCAUUUGUUUACAAUAUUAGCUACAAGGGCCUUGGUGGUGGGACAGUUAGAGGGGGUGCCCCAAAUGCCCGAUUAGCCAUGUACAAGGUUUGCUGGAAUCUGUUUAAUGGCUAUUGCUCAUCCGCUGACAUACUUAAAGCUGUGGAUGUAGCCAUACAUGAAGGGGUUCAUGUGUUGUCAUUAUCAUUAGGAGAUUCAGUACCCAUAUCCACUAUUGUUGAUGAUGCAAUUGCUAUUGGUUCCUACCAUGCUGUAACUAGAGACAUUAUCGUUGUGUGUUCGGCUGGAAACGAUGGACCUUUUGCUCAAACAGUUACAAAUACUGCACCAUGGGUCAUAACUGUUGCUGCAAGCACCAUGGAUCGAGCAUUUCCUACUUCUAUUACUUUAGGAAAUAAUAUAACUUUGCAGGGUCAAUCAUUGUUUACAGGUCCGCAUACCGGAUUUACACGCUUGAUAUACCCAAAAUCCACAAAGAUUGACUCCACAUCCACAAGUAUAUGUGAUUCCCUCUCGUCCCUUAAUAAAACUAUGGUAUCUGGAAAUGUGGUUCUCUGCUUCACUAGUUACUCAGAAGAAGCUUUGAGAGAAGCAGGUUGUGUUGGCGUAAUCAUAGCAACGAACCCAAGUGAUCUCAUGCUUCCAAGUGAUGACGAUUUUCCGAAUAUUCAAGUUGACUAUGAGGUUGGCACCCGCAUACUGUCUUAUAUCCGGUCUACUAGUGCUCCUCUUGUAAAGUUGAGCCGUACUAAAACAGUAGUGGGCAAGCUAAUAUCAGCCAAAGUGGCCGCUUUUUCAUCGAGGGGGCCAAACUCCGCCACACCAGCAAUUCUCAAGCCAGAUGUUGCUGCACCUGGUGUGAACAUCUUAGCUGCAUAUUCUCCUCUUCGUUCCUAUGCCGACGGCGGAUAUGCUGUGAAGUCAGGAACUUCAUUGUCAACUCCUCAUGUCUCAGGCAUUGUAGCCCUUCUCAAAGUAAUGCAUCCUAGUUGGUCCCCAGCAGCCAUUCGAUCGGCACUUGUGACAACCGCGUCGAGGAAUGGUCCAUCUUGUAGUAUUCUACCAAUCUUUGCAGAGGGAUCUCCUAGAAAGUUGGCUAAUCCGUUUGAUUACGGAGGCGGAAUUGUGAACCCUAACAAAGCAGCAUAUCCUGGGUUAGUAUACGAUAUGGGGAGGGAGGACUACAUAAACUUCCUUUGUGCUGUUGGCUACAACACAUCAGCUCUCUCUCAAAUUGUAGGACAAGUCACAGCAUGUUCCAGUACAAAGCCUUCAGUUCUUGAUGUGAACCUGCCUUCCAUCACCAUUCCAAACCUGAGAGACAAUAUAAACCUAACCAGAAGCGUCACAAAUGUUGGUCCAGUGGACUCAGUAUAUAAAGUUGACAUAGACCCUCCACUUGGCGUUAACGUAGCUGUAAGACCUGACACUUUGGUCUUCAAUUCUUCCGUUAAAACAAUCACGUUUACAGUUGCAGUUUCUACCACUCAUCACGUGAACACCGGAUAUUACUUCGGCAGUCUCACUUGGACAGAUGGGAAACAUGUGGUCACAAGUGCCCUAUCAGUUAGAACGCAAAUUGCGGACUAUACAGAUGGAUACUGACGCUGCUGAAUUUCAUACCACGUAGAAGUCAGGAAAAAUUCAAUGUAUUUCUUCUCCUCAUCGGAUGAUAAUUAAAGAUGAUGUUAGCAGAAUGUAUAUUAAUCCAAUUAGUCUGAGAUUUACGAAGCUUUCAGAUUACCGAGUUGAUUUGCCUGUAUUGCACUUAUCUUCCUGGGGUUAAGCUUAGCUUUAAUUAUUUUGUCGAUUCAACUCUUUGUAAGUAAAAGUACUUCGAUGUAGUACUUGUACGUCCAA